CAUACUUCCUGGUUGAAAGCUGUUCCUAGAUAUUUCUUCGUCAUCCAUCCAUGGCUGCUUCUCCACUCUCCGCUACCCCGAACCCCGUCCCGCAGCCUCUCGACCGGAAAAUUCAACCAAACCCUAUUUCUGAGCGCAUACUGGCAGUUCCCAUUCCCAAACACAGAGGCCCAGGACCCGAUACAUAUUCGAAGCUGUCCCCUUCUCACUCUGCUACUCACUCUGCUCAUGGCGCAGAACUCCAGAGAAUCCAGCAGAGAGCAUUGGCGGACUGGGAGAAAGCGCAGAAAAUAGAGAAGAAGGAGAGAAAAGAAGAAAAGGGCAUCAAAACAGGGUCACGAAAGGCCAUAUCCGUGAUUCUGCGACGGGAAGCCACUAAAGCCAUCAUCGAGAAGAAGAGGGGAAAAACUAAUUCCAAGAAAUUGCUCCCCAGAACCGUCCUGGAAGCACUCCAUGAACGAAUCACCGCCCUCCGCUGGGACUCGGCUCUUAAGGUGCAGCUUUUGCCAGUCAAUUUUAGUAAUCAAUUAGGAAUCGGAGAAUAAUGUUAGCCUGUGAGUUGGUGGUGAGAGGUUUUGGUUUAACUGUACACUUCCAGGUUUUUGAGCUGCUCCGGGAGCAGCUAUGGUACAGGCCUUAUCCGGGUAUCUACGUGAAGCUGAUUGCAAUGUUGGGCAAGUGUAAACAGCCCGAGAAGGCUCGAGAGCUAUUUGAGGCGAUGAUUGAUGAGGGCUGUGCUUCAACUCGAGAAUCCUACACAGCUCUCGUGUCGGCGUAUGGCAGGAGUGGGCUGUUUGAAAAGGCUUUUUCGCUGCUUGAGGAAAUGAAGGGGACUGCGGAUUGCUACCCUGAUGUUCAGACCUACUCCAUCCUCAUCAAAUCAUGCCUCCAAGCUUUCGCCUUUGAGAAAGUGCAGGUUCUGCUCUCUGACAUGGCUGCUUCUGGAAUCAGACCCAAUGUUGUCACUUACAACACCCUUAUCGACUCCUAUGGCAAGGCCAAAAUGUUUAUGGAGAUGGAAGCAACGCUGGUACAGAUGUUGAGUGAGCAGAACUGUGCGCCAGAUGUAUGGACCAUGAAUUCCGCAAUGAGGGCCUUUGGCGGAAGUGGACAGAUUGAGAUGAUGGAGAAGUGCUACGACAAGUUCCAGAGUUCAGGCAUUGAGCCUAACAUCAAGACCUUCAACAUCCUUCUCGAUUCGUAUGGCAAAGCCGGAGAGUACCAGAAGAUGAGCGCGGUGAUGGAGUACAUGCAGAAGUACCACUACUCAUGGACCAUUGUGACGUACAAUGUGGUGAUUGAUGCAUUUGGCCGAGCUGGGGACUUAAAGCAGAUGGAGUAUAUGUUCAGGCUAAUGCAGACCGAGAAGAUCAAGCCCAGCUGCGUCACACUCUGUUCUCUCGUCCGAGCUUAUGGCCAGGCUGGGAGGCCUGAGAAGAUUGGUGGCGUGCUGAGGUUUAUCGAGAACUCGGACACUAUGCUCGACACGGUGUUCUUCAAUUGCUUGGUGGAUGUUUAUGGGAAGAUGGGGUGCUUUGCUGAGAUGAAAGAAGUGCUCGAGUUGAUGGAGGAGAAAGGUUGUAAGCCCGACGCGAUUACAUAUAGAACCAUGCUCAAGGCUUAUAAAGAUAGAGGAAUGAGCAGCCAUGUAAAGCAGGUGCUCGAGCUACUUAGAUCAGUUGAAGUUAGUCGAAUGCCCAGAAAGAAACCUGAUUUUUGAAAGCAGUAACUUUCAGCAAUGCACCGGUCAUUCACGUGGUUCUGAUGUAGAUCGGCUCUUUCACUUUCAUCCUUGCCGUGUAUAGUUUGCAUGUAUCUGCAGCUAUUUGUUAAAGAUAUCUCGCCUUAGAUUCCACAUCAUAGGAUAGAGUUGGAUAGUCAUAAAUAAGUUGAUGAAAGUGAAGAAAUUACUCGAUUGGCC